AAGAGUUAGGGAUCGCCAUAGUUGGUGGUUCACCGGGUAAAGGGUAAACAAAUAACACAAAAUAGGUAAAGCAUAUUUCAACCAAAAACUGUGUGUGUUAGAGAGAGAGAGAGAGAGAGAGAGAUGGAAGUAGGUGAUGAAGAGUUAGGGAUCGCCAUAGUUGGUGGUGGAAUCUGCGGCCUUGCAACUGCCCUUGCUCUUCAUAGAAAGGGGUUUACAAGUGUAGUGUUGGAAAGAUCAGAAUCCCUACGUGCUACCGGAGGAGGUAUCACUAUUCGGGCAAAUGGUUGGCGAGCCUUGGAUGAGCUUGGUGUGGCCUCAAAGCUCAGACAAACUGCCCUACCACUUCAAGGGGCCCGUGACAUAUACCUUCAUAAUGGCAAGCAACAAAAAAUAUCAUAUGGAGGUGGGGAAGCACGAUGCUUGAAACGGAGUGAUCUGAUCACAACACUAGCAGAGAGCUUGCCAGUUGGUACCAUACGCCUUGGUUGCCAAGCAAUCUCUGUUAAGUUGGACUCGUUAACUUCCUAUCCAACUCUCCAACUCCACAACGGAAGCACCAUCAAAGCCAAGGUUGUGAUCGGAUGUGAUGGAACAAAAUCAGUUGUUGCAGAUUUCAUCGGGGUAAAACCAUCAAAGCCGUUCAUGUUGUCGGAGGUUAGAGGCUUUACAGUUUACGCAGAUGGUCAUAAUUUUGGAAACGAGUUUGUACAAGUUAAGGGUGACAAGAACACAAUUGGAAGACUUCCAGUUCAUGAAAACUUGGUCUACUGGUUCGUCACUCACCAAGUCCAUGGCAGACAAGCAGAUCCGUCGAAGGUUUCGAAGGAUCCAGAGCUCAUUCGACAAUUUACAUUACAAUCAAUACUCGAAGAAUUUCCUUCAGAAAUGGUAGACAUGAUAAGAAAGAGUGAACUAGAAUCAGUAUCUCAAGUGCGCUUGAGAUAUCGUCCGCCAUGGGAGAUACUAGUACAAAAUUUUCGAAAAGGAAGCGUAACGGUGGCUGGAGAUGCCAUGCAUGUGAUGGGGCCUUUCAUCGGUCAGGGAGGCGCCGCAGGCAUCGAAGACGCCAUUGUUAUUGCUAGAAGCUUGGCUCCCGCAUUGGCCAAAAAUCACUAUAAAAAAUGGAGUGGAAGGAAUGGAAUGAUGGUUGAAGUGGGAGAGGCUUUCGACAAGUAUGUGAAAGAGAGAAGGAUGAGAUUGGUGAUGCUCUCUACACAAACUUAUCUACUUGGUUUGCUGCAACAAGAUUCAGGGUCGAUGCUUAAAUUUGUGUGUUUAAUCUUGAUGGCUACUUUAUUUAGUGAUGUGAUUCGUCACACUCGAUAUGAUUGUGGACGUCUUUAAAAAUAUGAAUUCCAUCCGUUGGUUAAUGUCAGGCCUGGUGCCUUGAAACCAAAUUUAAAUUUCAUUCCCGUACAUUUGAUUA